ACGCCACCCCCCUGCAUAACUGCCGAUCACCAUAGCCCGAUAAGGUUUCACACACACAAAUAUAAUUCGCAAACAUCGGAAACAAGAAAAUGGAUAAAGGAAUGAACUUAAACGCGUGGGAAGGGUAUGCAGAUUGGAGAAAUAGACCGGCCCUUAGAAGCCAUCAUGGCGGUGUUAUUGCAGCUUCGUUUGUCCUAGCUGUUGAAGUCUUGGAGAAUCUCGCGUACCUUGCGAACGCUAGCAACUUGGUUCUAUAUUUGUCAAAGUUUAUGAAGUUUUCGCCGUCAAAUUCAGCCAACACCGUUACGAAUUUCAUGGGGACGGCGUUUCUACUUGCGGUACUCGGUGGCUUCUUGUCCGAUGCCUACUUCACUACCUACCGAAUUUAUCUGAUAAGUGCUGUAACACAACUUCUGGGUUUAAUGAUUCUAACGGUGCAAGCUCAUCUCCGGUCACUGAAUCCACCGAUCUGCACUCCAACCAACAGAAACAUUUCAUGCGAAGAAGUCGACAGUGGGAAGGCGGCAAUGCUGUACGCGGGGCUGUACACGGUGGCGCUGGGCGUCGGAGGAAUCAAAGGCUCCCUCCCGCCACAUGGCGCCGAGCAAUUCGACGAGCACACGCCGCAUGGCAGAAAGCAGAGAUCGGCCUUCUUCAAUUACUUCGUUUUCUGCCUCGCUUGUGGAGCACUAAUUGCGGUCACAUUUGUCGUGUGGAUCGAAGAUAACAAGGGCUGGCAGUGGGGUUUCGGAAUCGCAACUGCGUCGAUAUUGAUGUCGAUCCCGAUAUUCGUUCUUGGAUCAAAUACCUAUAGGAUCAAAGUUCCCAUAGGAAGCCCUAUUACAACCAUAUUUAAGGUUUUGACAGCAGCAACAUACAACUUCUGGACAUCAAGAAAAUCCAACGCCGCGAUUGACGACGUCAGCACAACCCCAUCAACCGCCAUCGAAGAAACUCCCACACAAGAUCUCGAGUUUCUCAACCACGCGUUAUCACCAAACACCACAGAAACCCCACCGCAGUACCUCCACUGCACAACAAAGCAAGUCGAAGAAGUAAAAUCAGUCAUAAAAAUCCUCCCAAUAUUCAUGUCAACAAUAAUGCUCAACUGCUGCCUAGCCCAGCUCUCGACAUUCUCCGUCCAGCAAGCCGCCACCAUGAACACCGUGAUCGGAUCUCUACGCAUCCCGCCCGCUUCCCUACCCGUAUUCCCCGUACUCUUCAUAAUGGUACUCGCCCCGGUCUACAACCACAUAAUGGUCCCAUAUUCGAGAAAGUUGACCAACACAGAAACGGGUAUAACUCAUCUCCAAAGAAUCGGAACCGGUUUGGUACUGUCGAUCGUCGCCAUGGCUGUAGCUGCUCUAGUCGAGACAAAACGGAAGCACGUGGCUUUAAAAUCGGGGCUCAUCGAUUCGACGGAAACUCUACCGAUUACGUUUCUUUGGGUGGCUCUGCAGUAUCUUUUUCUCGGCUCGGCUGAUCUUUUCAGCUUGGCUGGGUUGAUGGAGUUUUUCUUCACGGAGGCUCCGUUCAGCAUGCGGUCGUUAGCGACUUCGCUGUCGUGGGCCUCGUUGGCGAUGGGUUAUUACCUGAGUUCGGUUCUCGUUGACUUGGUCAACUUUGUCACGGGGGGUUUCUGCGAGACGCCGUGGCUGUACGGCGCUAACUUGAACCAUUACCGGUUGGAGAACAGUAGACCGCAAACUUGGUCACCCGAUAUUGUGGAGGGUCCCACUCCAGUAUCCGCUUUGAUUCAUGCAACUGCUAUGGUAACAACUGGCGUUUUCAUGAUAGCAAGGAGCGAUGACGUCAUUCCUUGCGCCAACCACUGGAAUAUUAUUGAACGAUCUAAAGAGGGUCAUAGCUUAUUCAACUUGCAGUCAAUUAGGCUAUAUGAUCUUUGCUUGCUUCAUCUCUACCUAUUCGGUUAG